GCGGCCGGCUGCCCUAGGGCCGGCGCGGCCCGCCACCAUGAGCGCGGAGACCGUCUGCAGCGCCUUGCCCGCCAUCCCGUACCACAAGCUCGCCGACCUGCGCUACCUGAGCCGCGGCGCGUCCGGCACCGUGUCGUCCGCCCGCCACGCCGACUGGCGCGUUCAGGUGGCCGUGAAGCACCUGCAGAUCCACAGCCCGCUGCUCGACAGUGAAAGAAAUGAUAUCUUUAGAGAAGCUGAAAUUUUACACAAAGCUCGAUUUAGUUACAUUCUUCCAAUUUUGGGAAUUUGCAAUGAGCCUGAAUUUUUGGGAAUAGUUACCGAGUACAUGCCAAAUGGAUCGUUAAAUGAGCUCCUGCAUGGGAAAAUCGAGUAUCCUGAUGUUCCUUGGCCAUUGAGAUUCCGUAUUCUGCAUGAAAUUGCUCUAGGUGUAAAUUACCUGCACAAUAUGAAUCCUCCUCUACUUCAUCAUGACCUGAAGACUCAAAACAUCUUAUUGGAUAAUGAAUUUCAUGUUAAGAUUGCAGAUUUUGGUUUAUCAAAAUGGCGUAAAUUGUCCCUCUCACAAUCACGAAGUAGUAAGUCUGCACCAGAAGGAGGGACAAUUGUCUAUAUGCCACCUGAAAACUAUGAACCCGGACAGAAAGCAAGGGCUUCUGUCAAGCAUGAUAUAUAUAGCUAUGCAAUUAUUACCUGGGAAGUCUUAUCCAGAAAGCAGCCUUUUGAAGACGUCACUAACCCUUUGCAGAUUAUGUAUGGUGUGUCACAAGGACAUCGACCUGACAUUAAUGAAGAAAGCUUGCCAUCUGAUAUACCUCAUCGAACGCUUAUGGUCUCUCUAAUGGAAAGUGGGUGGGCGCAGAAUCCAGAUGAAAGACCAUCUUUCUUAAAAUGUUUAAUAGAACUUGAACCAGUUUUGAGAACAUUUGAAGAGAUAACUUUUCUUGAAGCUGUUAUUCAGCUAAAGAAAACGAAGUUACAGAAUGCUUCAAGAACUGUUCACUUAAGUGACAAGAAGAAAAGGGAGUUAUCUCCAAACAUACCUGAAAAUUCUGGUCCACAGGAGGAAUCGUGUGGAUCCUCUCAGCUCCAUAAAACUAGUGGUUCUCCUGGGACCUCAAGGUCCCUGUCAGCUCCUCAAGACAAUGACUUUUCAUCUGGAAAAACUCCAGAUUUUUCUGUGCUGCGUCAGUGUUCAGUGAAUCACAGUCAGGACAGUGACAUUUGUGUGGAUCAUCGGGUAGCAUUCUGUGAUCACAGGACUGCCCCAUGCUCUUUAGCAGUAGUGAAUCCUCUCUCAGCUGAGGGAAACUCAGGGCGAUUUCAGCCUGGUAUAGCCCAACAGUGGAUCCAGAGUAAAAGGGAAGACAUUGUGAGCCAGAUGACCGAAGCCUGCCUUAACCAAUCUCUAGAUGCCCUCCUGUCCAGAGAUUUGAUAAUGAAGGAGGACUAUGAACUCAUUAGUACCAAACCGACAAGGACCUCAAAAGUCAGACAGUUAUUAGAUACCACUGACAUUCAAGGAGAAGAAUUUGCCAGAGUUAUAGUACAGAAGUUGAAAGAUAAUAAGCAAAUGGGUCUUCAACCUUACCCAGAAAUACUUGUGCUUUCUCAAUCACCAUCUUUAAAUGCCUUUCACAAUAAAAGCCAUAAAAAGUAACUUUCCAAGAAAAGAAGUCAAUGUAUAAAAGAGUAUUUUCUAUUUCUUUUGCCUUGAUAAUGUUGUUUUUAUGAGAUUCAUAUGAGUAUUUAAAACUUUAAUGCGGUUUCUUCUUCAGAUAAAUAUUAGUCUCCUUCCAUGAUAUUAUAGUAUUUUUUUUAAUUAAUACAGUAGAAAGUUUGUAUUUUGCUGCAUAGUUCAAUUUUUGUCUUCUUUGGUUAAUUAAAACUUUUCAAUCAAUAAUUAUAUGUUUAUUAUACAAAACAAUGUUUUCAGGUUCCAUGUGUUUCUCAUGGAAACCAUUUUCACAUACGCUUUCUUUGUGGGUUAUUUAUUACUUGUUUGAGAUGCUUGGCUCUUUGAAGUGUACCCCUUAGACUUAAAUCAGAGAUAGUAUAGCAUUCCUGCCCUACAGUCCUGGGUUCCAGUCCUUUUCAAAGAGUUGUUCAUUAAGCUCUGGUAUCUACAUUACACAUUUAAAUGUUAUUUAUUGACUUCUUUAAAAGAUUGUUUCAAAGAUAAAGGAGUACAACGUAUAAAGAAAAAAAAAUCCUUCAACAUGUGUUUGUACUCCUGUUUCUAGCCUGAACUAACAACCAAGGUAACAGCCAAAAUUAACAGAUCAAUAUGUAUCAUUCUAUCACUCUUCCUGCUCAUAUUUAAAAUAUAUGCUCAUUUGGGGAAGGAUUGUUUCUUAAUAUUAUCAUUGUUAUAACACAUCAUACUUCAACCUGAUUUUUGCACUUAGUACAUCAUGUGAAGCCUUCCAGAUCACAUUCAAGAUUAAUUCAUAAGUUUUGAUUGCUGUAUAAUGUUAUUAGAGCUAUUUUUUUUUUUUUCAUUUUCUUAACUUGUUCAAACCAAUGAGAGUGUGGGGUUUUUUUUGGUUAAUGGGUUAUGUCACUAAGAUGAAAACUAAUAAGGAAUUAUAGCCCUUUUCUGAAAAUGUUUAUUAGCAUGUCAGCAAAAAGUGGGAUAUAAGAUAAAUUUGAAAGGACAGACUUUGAAGUUGGGCUAUACAGUAUGACCCACAGUUUGAAAAAAUGAGUAAAAUCAAAAGAUGUCACUGAGGCAAUUUAAAUGUUUUAUUAAAAUAGAUAUUUUAGUCUCCCAUUUUGGAGCUGGACCUCUGGUGCCUCAUUACUGUAUGUCUGAGAAAUAUGGCAAUUACUAGGGAAAGGUAGAAACCAAGUAUAUGAGUUAUCUUUUAUUAUAUCUUAUUUUUAAAGUGUUUGGAUAAAGAUUUAAUUUGGAAAUGAGGGAGAAACUCAUUUGGAGAUUUUCCCCUUUAUAUAGUUUUUUUUUAAUUAUUUUGAAUCUUGAUGGUUUCAAAUUAACUUGUAUAUCAGUUUAAUGAUGUGGUAUCUGGAUUGAUAAAGUGAACUUUGCCCU